AUGGCCACCCUCGCCCCUCCAAGUCCACCUCAUUCCCCCUCCAGAAUGCCAACGCCCCGAGGUUGGGCUCGAAAAGUAGAGCGCUGCUGCUGCGUAGGCGCAACGUAUUUCCCGCUGUUCUUCGUAUACAGUAUCACGACCUGGGCCGUCUGGGUGGAAGCUACGAUAGGAUUCCUACCUACUCAAGGCGUAUGGAUUGGAAGAGGAACAUCCAUUCUCGGAAUAGUAAUCUACAUCCUCCUCAACUGGUCCUACACUACCGCCGUCUUUACAUCCCCCGGCACCACGACCAGCGAGCAUAAUGGCUACAGCGCCCUACCAACUCACACCCCGAAUGCGACGAAUUUUACGGUCAAAAGUAAUGGCGAGUUGCGCUUCUGCAAGAAAUGCCAGGCCCGGAAGCCAGACCGCGCACACCACUGCUCUACCUGCCGAACCUGCGUUCUGAAAAUGGAUCACCACUGUCCAUGGCUAGCUACCUGCGUCGGGCUACACAACUACAAAGCGUUCCUCCUCUUCCUAAUAUACACGACAGUGUUCUGCCUCCUAUGUUUCGCGGUAUCUGCGACUUGGGUGUGGAGAGAGAUUUUGAAUGAUGGGGAAUAUACUGAGUCGUUGAUGCCGGUGAAUUAUGUGAUGCUGGCUGUUAUUGGCGGGAUUAUUGGGUUGGUGUUGGCGGGGUUCACGGGCUGGCAUAUACUGCUUGCUUGUAAGGGACAGACUACGAUUGAGUGUCUGGAGAAGACGAGGUAUCUGAGCCCGUUGAGGAAGUCGAUGCAGCAUCAGCGGAUGAAUGGUGGGAUGGAGUAUGGGCAGCAGAUGGAUGAGAUGAAUGGCGCGCAGCAAGAUGGACAGCGUCAGCAGUAUGAUGCGUAUGAAAGAGAGCGAGCACGGCGGAGGUACGAAGAAUAUCUUGAUGAGCAGGAUUCCGAGAAGCUACCAAGUGCGUUUGACCUUGGAUGGAGGAGAAAUCUGCUUCAUCUUUUUGGACCGAAGAAAGCUUUAUGGUUCCUUCCAGUCUGCAACACUACAGGAGAUGGAUGGGCCUGGGAGCCGAGUCCAAAGUGGGUGGCAGCAAGAGACAAAAUAGCACGGGAACGAGAUUCUCAACGCCAACGAGAGGCAGCUGCUGGCUGGGGCGAACCACAAUCUCCGGUAUUCCCUGUGCAGCCACAAAAUGGAGCCGCAAGGCAUUACGUUGGCUCAUAUCCUGCAAGGUCGACAUCAAAAGCCGACAGGGUUUUGGGUAGAGCAACUUCAAAAGCAGACAAGAUCUUAGGUCGGGAGCCAGACGAGUAUGCAGAUGGAGUUGACGUUCGAAUGGACAAUGUGUCCCUGCAGAAUAUUAGACCUCGAGGCUCGCCAGAUCCAUAUGCGAUCAGCAGUGACGAGGAUGAAGUUGAGCAGAAGACUUUGGACCGGAAAGCAGCUGUGGGAUGGCCUCAGAAAGUCGGUGUGGUAACGAAUACAUUAUUGGGGAAUACGCUUGCGAGGCAGAAGGAUACUGAUGAACGAGGAUGGGAUGGUCAGGAUGAUGGCGUUGAUUAA